AUGUCAGCAACAGAAUAUGGGAGUGACAUCUCGUUUGAGGCACCCCGGGGCUUCACCGCACUGACCUUCACAGAGACAGGAUUGCUAUUGGCAGGGGGCGAGGACGGCACACUCAGGGUCUAUGAUCUUUCGCCGAGCGCACAAAGGGCCUUAUGCAAAGCCAUCAACGGUCUUCCUGACGAAGUUAGCAGUAUAUGCUGCCAGCCCAGCAAGUUGCCACCGGUGGCGGCUGGGAAGGCCUGGGUUGCGAGCGGAAAGCAAAUAUUGCUGUUCGACUUGACUUCUGACAAGUUGCUGAUUGGAAGCCAGGAGGCUGAAGAGGUUGUCACUCUCAUUGAGGGCAAUGAUGCUGAGGAUAACGUUUUGAAUCAAAAGAUUGGAGUAUCCAAAGACAUGAUUGUUUACUCCUGUGAUUCGGGGGCUGUCGGGGUAUAUGAUAUCCAAACCAAAAAGCGUAGGGUGAUGAAGGCGAUGCAUUCGAGCGUGAGUUGCUGCCACCAAUAUACGCUACUCGUGAUUGAUUGCUCCGGCGACGACCAAAAGAAAGCAAUUGUUUCCGGGGGAUACGACUCCCAUCUCCUUCACUUUGAUAUAUCUACCGGCUCGGUACUUUCCCGGCUGGAUAUAUCCACACAUACAUCAAGUAGGGGCGCACCUGUUUCGCUCGCUCCUCCAUUUCUUUACUCAGUCACAAUAAAUUCCAACGGAGUGUUUACUGCGGGUACUGCCGACGGAAAUGUCCUUGUCGGAAGAGGGGGUGAAAGGGGGCGAAGGGACAGGCCAAACCGACGCAAAUGGAAUGGACUGAGUGCAGACAUGGUCUCGCAAUAUCACAUUGCCGAAGGGCCGGUUAUAGGCGUCGCUUGGGUAGGUUCUUCUGAACUCAUGAGCGUGACUUUACUUGGGCAGGUCAAGCACCUCCGGCUUCCUGAGCCUCAAAAAAGAUCACACGUCCUCAGUCAUACGGACAUAGAAACUCUUUGGGAAACCAGGACAACUAAGGUUGACAAGGUUGAAUCCCUUGCUGUGUUUGAAACUCCUGAGCAUGUUCUUCAUAUUGCUAUUGGCGGUCUCACAUCCACCGGUCGUGGGUGCAUAGAGAUUUGGAAGCGCCCAUUGAAGAGCAACACGGAAUUAUAG